CUCAUCAGCUGCAGUUUCCUUCUUUUCUCGCUUUGUGGAGUUGACGUCAGCCGAAGAGCAGAAAGUCGCUGACAGCAACAAGUGGAAGACGCAGCCUGAAGCCGCCUGACAGGAAAGCUCACAAUCAGGGGGUCCUGCCAGCUGUGAGGAUGUGCCCGGUGGUUGUGCCCAUCUUCUGCCUCCUCCUGUUCCUCAGGGCAGGUGAAGUCCUCUCAUCUUCAGAUGUGGCAGUCACUGCUACAGCUGGUCACAAUGUCACUCUGCCCUGCCGGUCCUCAUCCUAUAAAUCUGGGGUUCAUGUUUGUUGGGGACGCGGUGAAUGUCCAUUCACUGGUCAGUGUGGAUCCAAUGAGAUUUAUAAGUGGGAUGGCCGAGUUCACAGAAUGUCAGACAAAUAUCAGCUGACUGGUGACAUCCAGCGAGGAGACCUGUCACUCACUGUGGUCAACGUCACGAUGGAAGACGGCGGGCUGUACUGCUGCCGCAUUGAGAUCCCAGGACUGUUUAACGACGAGAAGAACUCCAUGUGGCUCAGGGUGACUGAAGAGCCUUCCGAGGGACCAACUACGACAUCCAGGGGACACGCCACCUCCGAGAGACCAAGUGAGAGUGAUAUGGGUCUUUACUCCGCAGCCACCACCACAGUUCCCAGUCCAGUGGAGCACCAAACUGAGCCCGGUUCAGCAGCUGGCCACUUCUUAGAUGGGGACAGGCAGCCCAUCCAUGUGCCCGUCAUCAUGGUCACCUCUCUGCUCCUCCUGCUGAUUGUGCUCAUCUCAUUCCUCGUUUAUAAGCGUGCCAGCCACCGGAAACUGAAGACGGGCUCAGCCCAGCAGGUCUGCACCCUUCAAGAGCGAGUCGGCGUGGAGGAGAACAUUUACAACAUCGAAGAGCCAGACACGAGUGAGCCGUGCCCAUAAUGGCGAUGGCCAGCGCCCAGGGGGCUCCACCUCAUGAAUUUGUCCUCUGAGGCUUCCAUCGACAUGGGCAUGAAGAGGACGGGCGGAUGGGAUUUGGGUUUUUACUGAUGUCGUGUUUUUCUGUUCAUUUUGUGACGGACCACUGAGGCUUUGUCUGACUUCUACUCUCAGCUUUCACCAGGUCAAGCAAGUCCACCUUAAGACAAUUCAAGAAUGAAGUCCUGCCAGUCCUGUCUGUGUGCCACAGGGUGGCCCUGAAUUGAUGCCAUCAACCCUGCUGUUAAUCCUGACAUUUCCGCUCUGGCAAAGUGAGAACGGCAAAGCGUCACGAAGACGCCGAGUGACACUCAGUGCAGGAAAGAAACUCAGUCGACAACGACCCACCAGCGUGGGACAAACGCAGGGACAGCCCUGGACGGGUGCCACUCUGUCAAAGGGCACGGCCUGCUGCUGUCACCACCUUAUUAACUGUGAGGGAGGGAGAUGGGGGACACAGUGACACGGAAGGACAUGCCAACCCCACACAGAGGCCAUCAUUAGGGGGUCCUGGAGCUGGAGGGCAGUGGCGCCGGGCACUGGGACACCCGAACAGAGAGACCGACCCUCACAGCCCACACUGUUUAGCCAGCAGGACGUCUCUCGUUGUUCGAGUGUAUUCAGUCACCGAGUGUUAAAUGUGACCGACGUCCGCUCAGCACUGUGGUGUAAUCUCGGGGGUCCGCUCGAUGAAAUGUGACAC